CAUAUCAUUCAUCUCCUCAUAAGUCAUUACCCCUUGUUGUUAAGCUUUCCCUUCUUUGAUUUCUUCAGCUUUUGUUAAUUGUUGUUGUUUUUUAAUCAAUGGAUUCAGAACUUUCCUUGUGGCUUUGCUCCAUGUGCAGUGUUUUCUGCCUUAUGUUCUUCUCUUUCACCCUCUUGUUUUCUUUGUUUUCAUUGUUGAUCUUAGUUUUGAGGAUGAAGGUAUGGUGUAAUUGUGAAAUCUGCCAGGCUUUUCUUACUUCGAGUUGGAACGAAGAAUUCGAUAAUCUUUCUGAUUGGUAUACUCACCUUCUUAAAAAAUCUCCCACCGGAACGAUCCACAUCCAUGUUCUUGGCAAUAUCAUCACUGCAAACCCUGAAAAUGUGGAGCACAUUCUGAAAACCAGGUUUGAAAACUACCCAAAAGGGAAACCUUUCUCUGCUCUUCUUGGUGAUCUUCUUGGUAGAGGUAUUUUCAAUGUUGAUGGUGAUUCAUGGAAGUUUCAAAGGAAAAUGGCCAGCCUUGAGCUUGGUAGCAUCUCCAUAAGAAUGCACGCGUUUGAUAUUGUCAGGUCCGAGAUUCACUCCAGGCUCAUCCCUCUUUUAUCAUCCGUUUCUGGUAAAGAACAAGUUUUAGAUUUACAAGACGUGUUUAGAAGAUUUUCAUUCGAUAUUAUCUGCAAAUUCUCCUUCGGGUUAGACCCUGGUUGCCUCAAUUUAUCACUGCCCAUUUCAGAAUUUGCUGAAGCUUUUGAUUUAGCAUCCAAAUUGUCGGCACAAAGAGCGGUGGCAUCUUCACCUUUGAUAUGGAAAGUCAAAAGGCUAUUGAAUUUGGGCACAGAAAAGCAGCUCAAAGAAGCUAUUAAAAUGGUGGAUGAAUUUGCUCAAGAGAUGAUUAAUCAACGGCGAGAAAAGGGCUUUUCAGACAGUAACGAUCUUUUGUCAAGAUUCAUGGGUACAAUCAAUGACGAAAAGUAUCUUAGAGACAUUGUUAUAAGUUUCCUCUUGGCUGGUCGUGACACGGUGGCCUCAGGGUUGACCAGCUUCUUCUGGUUGUUAUCUCAGCAUCCAGAAGUCGAGUCAGCUAUUCGAGACGAGUUGGAAAGGUUCAUGGGGACGUCCAGUGAUCAACAGUUUGCAAGCUUUGAUCAAAUGCGAGAAAUGCACUAUUUACACGCGGCUUUGUACGAAAGCUUGAGACUGUUUCCACCAGUCCAAUUUGAUUCAAAGUUUGCUCAAGAAGACGACAUUUUGCCUGAUGGUACCUUUGUGAGGAUAGGCACCAGGGUAACCUACCAUCCAUAUGCAAUGGGUCGGAUGGACCGGGUUUGGGGCUCAGAUUGUCUUGAAUACAAGCCAGAGAGAUGGUUGAAAAAUGGCAGAUAUAUCCCUGAAAACCCAUACAAAUUCCCAGUUUUCCAAGCUGGACAAAGGGUUUGUUUAGGGAAGGAAAUGGCUUUGGUGGAUAUGAAAUGUGUGGUUCUAGCCAUAAUCAGGCGCUACAGCAUCCGGAUUGCCGAUCCGAAUCAAGCACCAAGGUUUGCCCCUGGUCUCACCGCCACUGUAAGAGGUGGCUUACCGAUUCUAGUCCAAGAAAGGGGAGCUUAAUUUUAGACAUGCAUGCCCACAAUUGUUGGGAAUCAUCUCAUGCAUAGUUAAUUCACAACACGGGGGCGCAGCUGGUUAGCUUCUAUUGGGGGGUAAAUGCUUGGAUAUAAGCUGGCCCAUCGUAGUUGAGUUUGAAAAACUUUUACCAAACAUGGGACAGAGGGAUAUGUUUCUUCCUGUAAUAUUUUCGUCAGAUAUGGGGAUUUUACCACACAUAUUGUACAUAUCUUAAAUCCGUCAUUUUCUUGGUACCAAAGGCUUAAAAAUAUAAGAGAGAAUCUGAAACUACCUUGGUUGAUGCAGUUACCUUUGGAAGUUGGUAUUCGGUUUGGAGUUGGAAUUUCGAAAACCUCAUUGUAAAAACAAAAUAUUUAAGAGAGGAAAGAUUCAAGCAUUCCAUAUUCAAAAAAUUUCAAAUUUCCAACCUGUGUCUAUCACACCAACAAUUAUAUUACUCUCUUUUUGGAGAUUUCUUUCAACUGAUAAAGGCAUGCCUAGAAAAUCCCAUGAUCUUGUUGUGUGAAGCUGUCUCAUACUGCUUGGGAAGACGGAAACCACAUUUUCUUUCUCUGAAAUCACUGGAAAUAAUCUCUCAUAGUCAUAUAAUAUUGUUGCAUAUAUAAUAUACUUACUGUAAUCCAAAACUGGUAUUUGCAUAUAAAUAACCUUGCAGUCUUUCAGCUUCAUCCGGCGACAAAUAUGCAGCAAAUGCAUUAAAACUUUUCCCGUAGCAGUAAAUUCUGGACUGUCGAGCAGCUUCCUCACUAAUAAAGAUGAACUGUAGUGAUUAGUUAAUUAACUGAUUAUACUACUACAUUUUAGAUAGAAAAUUAAGCUAUAUACAUCACAGUCUAAUUGAUUGUUAAUUCACUCUUUUAAACAACUUUCCA